GAAAACUAUUGUUGAGCUACGGUUCUUUCAAAUGGAUGGGUGGUUUUUCAAGUAAAUAAAUAGAAAGAUGAUAAUAUAGUUAUCUGUAUAUAUUAUAUUUUAUUGGUGUUUCUGCAAAGAUUGUAAAGUUUGUUGUGCUUGUGCUGGCUGCACUUGAUAGUUUAAAACCGAUCCUCCUUGUUUAAAACUAAUAUUUAACCUAUGAAAAUUUCAAUUUCACGUUAGAAAAUUUGUGAAUAAUUGGAUAUAUUAAUAAGUAUUUACUAACUUGAUUAGAAUUAAUACAUAUUUUCAUGUUUACGUGGUUAUAAUAUUGGUCUUAACCAUGAGUGACCGAGUGAUUGCCUUAAUCGACAUGGACUGUUUCUACUGUCAAGUUGAAGUUAGACUGAAUUCUUCAUUAAAAGAUAAACCUUUGGCAGUCGUUCAAUAUAACACUUGGAAAGGAGGAGGGAUAAUUGCUGUCAACUACGAAGCUCGGGAUAGAGGAGUCACUCGUCACAUGAGAGGAGAUGAAGCGAAAAGCCAUUGUCCUGAAAUUGAGUUGGUUCACGUUCCUUCAGUGCGAGGGAAAGCAGAUUUAACAAAGUAUCGUGAUGCUGGGCGUGAAGUAGCAGCAGUCCUGUGUGAAAAUUGCAAAUGUGUUGAACGUGCAAGCAUUGAUGAAGCUUACCUCGAUUUAACUGAGGAAGUAAAUCAACUUCUUCUCAAGGAAGAGUUUGUUUCUGAAUCACAACUCGCAAAUACAUUCAUAGUCGGUUAUUCUCAACAAAACAAUAAUGACGAAGGUGAAAGAUCAGAAGGCUUGAAUAGAUGGUUGUAUGAUCUUAGAAAUAAAAAAUUGGACGACUUGGCUUCCAAAAAAUUGGCUUUUGGAGCUUGUAUUGUUGAAGAAAUAAGAGCUUCUGUUUAUCGAAAAACUGGGUUUCGAUGUUCAGCUGGUAUCGCUCAUAAUAAGAUUAUGGCCAAGCUGGUUUGUGGCUUACAUAAACCGAAUCGGCAGACAGUACUGCCUUGUUCAGGCGUCGCCGAACUAUUUAGCAAUCUGCCGGUUCAGAAGGUUCGCAAUCUAGGAGGCAAGUUUGGCUCUACUGUCAUCGAUACCCUCAAUUGUAAAGUGAUGGCAGACCUUGCAAGGUUUUCGGAAGAGGAAUUGCAAUCCCAUUUCGAUGCAAAAAGAGGGACGUGGCUUUAUAAUAUUGCAAGAGGUAUUGAUUCAGAACCAGUGACAUCGAAGCUUAUGUCGAAGAGUAUCGGCUGUUGCAAGAAGUUUCCGGGCCGGAGUAGCCUGUGCACCAGGCAGGAUGUCAUGCAUUGGCUCAGCGAACUCUCAACUGAGAUUGCUGAAAGACUCGACGAGGAUUACAGUCUAUAUAAGAGGAGAGCGCACUCAUUAACAGCAUCUGUGCAGCAAACAAUCAAUAUGAAAAAAGUGAAAGUUUCAAAAUGCAGUCAAAUUUCAGCCUAUGAUGCGGAAAGUAUAAUGCAGGUUGCAUUAGCGGCUAUCAAGAAAACCAACAAUGCAUCUCCCACUUCGAAUACAUGGCAGCCCCCACUCGAGUUUCUUGGAUUAACAGUUGGAAAGUUUGUGGAAGGGACAUCAUCUUCAAACAGAACUAUAGAAUUUUUCCCCAAGACGUCUACAACUGGAACUGGAAAAAGCGUACCUUCUACCACAGCUCAAACAGCAACACAGCUAGACACUGAAUCUGGAGGAUUCUGUCAUGUGGAAAAUUUACGCUCCUCAGAUGUAAGCUUCAAGGAUAAUCUAGGUAAUGGUCAUAAAAAUUCCAAAAAUAGUUCUGAGAAUAAAUUUAGUUUAUUCUUCAAGAAGGUUGAUAAAACUAAAGGAAGUGAAAUUACAAAUGAAGAAAUUAAUUCAAAAGAAAACUUUCAUACGUCAUUAAAAGAAAACGGCGAAGGUUCAAACUUAGAUAGUAUUGUUGCUUUAGAAAACUCCAAUAAAGUAGAACAGGCUGAUAACAAAGUUUUAUCAACUAAAAAUGAAACUGAUUCGGACUGUGAUAUGUUUGAUUAUACAGAAACUUCGAUUACUAAUGAUUUACCAGAAAAGUCACUGAAGAGAGGAUAUACAGCAGAAAAAAAUUCAAAUAAUAAAACAACUGUGAUAAAAUGUGGUGAUAUAAUUCUAGUUUCAUCUGAAUCUGAAGAGUGUCUUGUUAGUACAGAGAAUGGUGAUGUACCGAUAAAAGACGAAGAAAUAAGUUGGAUAAGUCCUGGAGAAGUGUUUCCCGAUAUCAAUAAUUUAGAUGAUACCAUUGUUCAACUAAUGCCUUCACCGUUUCGUAGAAAACUUGAAUCUUAUAGAUUAGAGAUGAGUAAUCCAGAGCCAUCAAAUUCUCUAGUAGUUAAUAAUAUGCAUGAAAGUCUGGGUGUUGAGAAAAUAAAAUCAAGCACUCAUGUUGUGAAUGUUGAUGAGAAUGGGUCCGACUCAUAUCAAGGAACGGAGAUAUCUCCCGAUCUUUUCUCAGAUAAAGAUAUUGAUUCUUGCGACUCUCACCUGGCAGUCCGAAGUGGAAAUUCUGAUUUCACAAAAAAUACUAUUGGAAUUCGAGAUUCAGAAACUGAAAUCAGUGUGGAAUGUCCCCAUUGCGGAGAAUCUGUUCGACUGUCCGAAUUUCCUGACCACUUGGAUCAUCAUGUAGCCUUAGAUCUUCACAAAUCUCUAAAUAGUACUGAAGCGAUUAUGGUGUCAAAGAAAAGAAUAUUGAACUCUACUGAAACUGAACCUCUAAAAAAUAAGAGAGGAAGACCAUCAGGUAGAGAAAAAUCAACAGAACCAUCAAAUAGUAUACUGAAUUUCUUUUCAAAAAAGUAAGUUUCAUUCAACUCGUUCCAGGGUACAGAAUUACAUUUUUUUUCAUCGUAUAACAAGGUUAGAAAUGUUCGAACUAGGUUUUAAAUUUUACAACACAAUUUUAUAAAUACUGUGAUAGUAGGAGGUAUUUAUAUAACCAAUACCCACACCUGACUUCAUUGUAACGGGUGGAGGUAUUAAUAACACUACUCCACACCUGACGCCAUUGUAAUGGGGUGGGAGGCCAGGGACUUUGUUAGCUCCAAAUUUCAUAAGGAAGGAAAUAUAUAAUAACUGCUUUAAAAAUCUCAACUCAACUGUUUAAAUUAUUUGAAUCCACGGUUGGGAGAUUCGUUCAUGCAAAUGCCAAGAUCUUCACUAUUGUUUAACAACACCUGUUUUAGAAACAAGUAACUUAUCACGAGCCAGGAACGUAAAAUAAAAGAUUUUGUAGAAAUGCUACUGAUAUUAAUUUAUUAGUUGAAUUAUACAAUUAUCGGUCAUCUUUGAAAUUCUGUUACAUCGAAUUAUAAUAUUCACUGUAAUCAAUCCGGUUAUUUAUUCAAUUACUUGUUUCAAUAUUACAACAUUAAAAAAAUUAAUUUCAAAUAAUAUUUCUCAAAUUACUACUUUAUCGCAAUUAUUCAUAAUAAUUGAUAUUUAGUCAAGAAUUUGCUAACUCACUCUACAAUAAAUUUAGGGCCUCGGUCAAUUUAUGUGGUCAAUCUAUUUGAGCAUAAUAAAAUAAUUUUGGCACUCACCAUGGAAUCGAAAGUUUAACAAAUACAUCGGCACUCAAUAUCACUCACGCUUACAUUUCAACUACGGUACUAUAUUUCAGACUACAUGCUUUUAUUUAUACAAAAUAAAAAUGAUAAGGAGAUUUUUCAUCUAAUUAGGCCGAAGCCUAAAUUAGAGACCGAGACUUGUUCUGCGACUACAUCAGUUCUUCUCGCGGUGACGACUCGAUUAGAACUGCCACUCUUCCACUCAAAUUUUCCGAUUUGCAAGAAAACACGUGGAGCGCCCGGCCUAAUAAUUUCAGGUUAAAACGUCGUGGGGUCACAUUUCUAAAUACGUUUGCAUUAAUUUCAUUACGAAAUUCAAGCCAGUACUAUGGAAAUGCUAGAAGACUACAAUAAUUUGGAUGGAUAAGAAGCAAGUUGGCAAAUCUUUUAUGGCAACACAAAAUUUAGGUGCUUACUUUGUGCAUGAAUAAAUUAUUCAAUUAUCAAGAACAAGGUUCACGUGAGUUCAUAUUGGAAAAAUUUAGUCCAAUUUUGAUCAGUUCAUCAACCUGAAAGAAAGGCACAAAAAACUACAAUACAAACCUCUCAAUAUUCCCAUAUUACAAUACAAUAAUAAUUAUUCAUUUUUUACUUUCCUUGCCCUAUUACCAUAGGUAAGGAAAGUAUUGCUUUCCAAAAAAAAUUAAGGUACC